UGAAGUUUGAAGCACAUGGAAUUUAGCAUUACACUCAAAGCACUCAAAGCUGCUGUUGUAUUGCAGUUUGCACACUUAGCAGUCUGUUAUAGUUGCAAACUUAUGCAUUGUGUAAGAAAGUCUCAAGAACAAAAGAGAAAAAGCUUAAAAGUUACAUAAUCACACAGAUGUGUGCAAGCACACAGUGUCAUUUAAAAGGGCGAGUUGACACUCAGUCUCUCUGAUCACAAGAUAUGCUCUCCCCCUUUUACCACCUCCCCUUCCCGGUUUUGCCUUAAUGUUGUUAAGAACUGUCAGAGAAAGAUUAGCAGUGUGAAGGAGUGCAGGGGGAGGGAGAGAUUGAAAAUUGAAAGCAGCUGAUGUCCAAUAUGCUCCAACAGAAAAAUGAACAAGCACAAAAGCAGACCAUGGAAAACAGUAGCACAUUUUUAUUUGACCCAGAGCUUCCAAGCACCGAUGUCAGUGCUCUUCCAUCCAUUUGCUGCACCACUCAUCUUUUCAAAACAGAAUCUUAAAGGGACCGUUUAUUUUUAGUGUUUGAAAAGUGAUAAGGACUUUGGGACUUGAUGAUUUUGAUUUUUAUGGAGACGUGAAGAAAUUGUUUUUAAUUGGGUUAGAAAUGUAAUUAGAGAUGCAACAGUUUCUGUGAAAAGAUACAAUCUGUUUUAUCAGGUUAGUUCUGGAGGUUUGGAGAUGCUCCUUUUGGGAGUAAUUAAAUGGCUUUAGAGGGCAGCUUAGCACAUGUGGCCUGGGCCAGGGCUAAUGCCACCUGUGUUUUAUGAAUUUCAGGUGUGCAUGUUCAUUUUUGGGAGUGUGUGUGCUCACCAGAUGUCCGCCACAGUUAAACAGUGAAAGCCAACUGUAUAGUUUUUUUAUUGUUGUUGUUUUUCUUGUUGCCACACACUUUUCUUUUGCGCCAUUUAUUGUGCUAUUAAACAUGAUUCAGUUCAGUCACACUUUAGGACUUGGUCACUUGUUGAUGUCUAGUUGGACACUGCUUUUUGUUUUAGCUUGUUGUUAGUUUAUUUAGCUGGGAAUAGCAUGAACAUGCUUUCCUCUGGGGUUUUGGGAGAGUCAUUGCCUAUGGGGAGUAGCAUUGUGGAGUUCAUUUGUGUGUCUCUGUCUGUGCAGAAGUUGGGCAGCAUGCAGUGUGAAGAGGGCACUGAGUGGCUGCUGGAGCUGCUGAUGGAAGUGCAACUGCAGCAGUACUUCCUGCGCAUCCGUGAUGAGCUCAACAUUACACGUCUCUCACACUUUGACUAUGUGAAGAAUGAGGACCUGGAGAAGAUCGGUAUGGGCCGGCCCGGGCAAAGACGGCUGUGGGAGGCAGUGAAGAGGAGAAAAACCAUGUGCAAGCGGAAGUCUUGGAUGAGCAAGGUGUUUAGUGGCAAGAGACCAGAAGGAGACUUCAAUCCACAGCCGGGAAGUACGUUCCAAAAACUCACUGCCACACCUCCUCCAGUGGACGGCCAGCAGCAGGCCCUCACCUGUCUCAUAAGUGAGAAAGACCUGGCCCUCUUUGAGAAACUGGGCGAUGGCUCCUUCGGUGUGGUCAAGCGUGGAGAGUGGUUCACACCAAAUGGAAAAGUGCUCAGUGUGGCAGUGAAGUGUCUGAAGACAGACGUGCUCAAUCAACCAGAUGCUCUGGACGACUUCAUCUGUGAGGUCAAUGCCAUGCACUCUCUUGACCACCAGAACCUCAUCCGUCUCUACGGAGUCGUCCUCACACACCCCAUGAAGAUGGUGACUGAACUCGCGCCUUUCGGCUCCAUGCUGGAUCGCUUGCGAAAGACCCUGGGCCAUUUCCUCAUUUCCACUUUGUGUCACUACACCAUCCAGAUAUCCAAUGGCAUGGCCUACCUAGAGUCCAAACGCUUCAUCCACCGAGACCUGGCCGCCAGAAACAUCCUCUUGGCUUCCAGUGAGCAGGUUAAAAUCGGUGACUUCGGACUGAUGAGGGCACUCCCGAAGAAUGAUGACCAUUACGUCAUGCAAGAGCAUCGCAAAGUCCCAUUUGCCUGGUGUGCUCCAGAAAGCCUGAAGACACGCACGUUUUCUCACGCAACUGACACAUGGAUGUUUGGUGUGACACUUUGGGAAAUGUUUACCUACGGUCAGGAACCGUGGCUGGGUCUAAAUGGUAGUCAGAUCCUCCACAAAAUAGAUAAGGAGGGUGAAAGACUGCCUAAGCCUGAGGACUGUCCUCAGGACAUCUAUAAUGUCAUGAUGCAGUGCUGGGCUCAGAAACCAGAUGACAGGCCCACCUUUGUGGCUCUAAGGGAAUUUCUAGUGGAGACCAUGCCUACAGACAUGAGGGCCCUGCAAGACUUUAAUGAGCCUGACAAGCUUCAAAUCCAGAUGAAUGAUGUCAUUACCAUCAUAGAGGGCAGGGCAGAGAACUACUGGUGGAGAGGUCAGAACAAGCGUACCCUAAUGGUUGGUCAGUUUCCCAGGAACACGGUCACGUCAGUGGCAGGUCUUUCUGUCCAUGACAUAAGCCGUCCACUGAAGAACAGUUUCAUUCACACGGGCCAUGGAGACACUAACCCCCACCGCUGCUGGGGCUUUCCUGACAGGAUCGAUAAUCUAUAUCUUGGGAAUCCCAUGGAUCCUCCAGAUGUGCUGGGGCUGGAGCUGAACUCUGCCAGACCAACUCAACUCCCUGGACGCACUAAGAAGGAGCCUCCCCCUCGGCCCCCUCAGCCAUCUUUGCUGGUUAAGAAACCCUCCUAUGAUGCUGUUGCUGAGGACGAGGACCAAACUUCAUCAGGCCUUCGGCGGAUCUCUUUGAAGAAGAAGGGACUUAAGCUCAAACCAGCUGCCUGGGUCUGUGCUACCAAAGUAGGUGACCGUUCCACAUACAGUGUGCGGACUCCAGGGGGUAGCACUCCCACAGAAGUCUCUCUUAUAGACUUUGGAGAAGAGUUUCCAUCGACCACACCUUCACCCUCUCCUGUGGUGGAGCUUCAGAUCCCAACCCUGGCUAAACUGGCACUUGAAGCAGAGAACAUUAUAGACCGAACUCCUCCACAGAGCCCCUCACGCUCUUUACCCUGCCCCCUUCACCCUACCAAAGUGGUGGACUGGGAUGCCCGGCCCCUCCCUCCACCCCCAGCCUAUGACGAUGUAGCACAAGAUGAGGAUGACUUUGAAGUGAGCUCCAUCAACAGUGCAGAAUGUGGAACGGAUGAACCAUGCUCUCUACGUACGUCCUGCACUCUUACCGGAGAAUGUAAAUCUCAUGUAGAAGACAAUUUAUUUUUGCCCUGCAGGCAGAGCAAUGCCAGCACUUUCUCGCAGUCUGCUGAUAUCUUCCAAGAGCUGCAGCAGGAGUGUAUGAGACACCUCAAUGUACCUGUGAUCUCUACCAGCCCUGGUCCGGAGCCACACCGCCAGAUAGUCCUAACUUUUUCUGAGGACAAACCCCAGAUACCACCACGUAUCCCCAUACCACCCCGUCCAGUUAAACGUGCAGGUGGCGAUUAUGCUCGCUGGUCUGGUGAGCUGUCUCCAGUCUCUGGAAAUGAGGAUCAUAAGGAGUGUCCACCCCGGAUUCCACCACGAGAUCCCCUCUCUCAGCCGGGGUCUCGCACGCCAAGUCCACAUGUGGGCUCCCCUCAGACUCGCAGCAGCCUCUGCUCAGCUUCCUCCAACUAUGGCCCAUCCUACCUCUCCACCUCACCUGCUAAACUAAUGCCAACCACUCAGAGCUUCGCCUCCGAUCCCAAAUAUGCUGCUCCCAAGGUCAUCCAGGCACAGGGCAAAGAUAAGGAGCCAGCAAAAGGGCCCUGCAUUCUGCCUAUCGUACGUGAUGGCAAGAAGGUCAGCAACACACACUACUACCUCCUGCCUGAGAGGCCUCCAUAUCUGGACCGCUACAGUAGGUUCUUCAAAGAGGCGGAGAGUGGUGAAGAAAAGAAGCAGGUAAACACAGCCACUGUCAAGCCCAUGGUUCAUCAACCUGGGGAGCUCAAGUCCAAUUUCUCCUUCAAUAACACCAGUAGUCUGACAGGCUGUGGCUAUAGAGGGGGGCUGAAGAACUCUCUCAGUCUAUGCCGAGUAAACUUCGAUGGCUCAUUCAACAGGGCUGACAGCACCAGCAACCAUGACAAAAUCAAACUGGUGCAGGAGGCUGUUCAUGGAGUAACAAUUGAAGAAUGUCAGACAGCUUUACAGAAUCACAGCUGGAAUGUACAGAAGGCUGUACACUACUUGAAGGUGGAGCAGCUCUUCUGUCUGGGCCUGAAGACAAGGGAGGAGUGUCAUAAGAUUCUAGAAAUGUGUGACUGGAAUCUGGAGUUAGCCAGCACACAACUGUUGGACUCAUAUGGGCCAGUGAAGCUGAGACAAUAAUGCAUUGGAAAAGCCCCAUGCCCUGAGAGCACCAAUGGCACUCCGAGGACUAACCAGGACUUUAUACUAGCACAUUUUACCUCCAGAUCUGACCUGUGUGUGUGUGUGUGUGUGUGAGAGAGAGAGAGAGAGUGCAUACAUGAUGCAGUGACUGUGCUCUUCCUGAAAUCAUUCUCUAGGGUGCAAUACAGAGUUCACAGGUCAGAAUUUAAAGAACCUGAUUUUGUUUUCCAGUUGAUCACAACAGAUGGAAAACAAGUUGCUGCUUGUCAUUUUUCAUUGUAAUUUUGUAAACAAGAGGUAACCAAAGUGUGUGUGUAUGUA